CCUCAAAAAAAAAAUAUAUAAAAAGUGUUCAAGUUUCAUUUAAAUUAUAGCCAUGGCCACAAAAAACUCAUUUUACUUUCUUAUUUUAUUUCUCAUCAUUGCUUUAAACUUCAUUAAUACCUUAGCCACUUAUCAUAAUUCUGAUGAUAAUAAUACUGAAAAAUGGUUGCAUAUUUGGCCAUUUGUUCCACCACCACCACAACCACCUUCAUCAAUUGGUCAUUUUCCUAAAUUUCCAUUCACAAGAUCAUCAAUAUUUCCAUGGCCGCGAUUUUUGCCUCCUUAUUCCCCGAUUAAUAAAAAAACAUCUGAUGACAUAAGCAUGAUCAACAGUCAGAACGUGUUGAAGAAAAAAUCAUGUGCUUCAAUCGUUGAACGAUGUAUAAUUUGCGAUCGUCGCAGAUGUUUUUUCUCCUAUGAUUGUUGUGAGAUUGUUAGUGAAUUUGGUCAUGAGGUAUGUAACAAAGUUUAUGGCUAUGCUAUGAUUAAAAAUCAUUGUGCAAUUAGCCCAUUAGCUGCUCCUCCUCCUUCAACUUAAGUGAAAUUAUAUUAAGUUAUAAUUAAGUGUGUGUAUUUAUUAUGAAAGAAUAAAUUAAUUAAUGAAGUGAUGGACUAUAUAAUUAUCAAAUUA